AUGCAGAAGCAACGAGUAUCACGUGCGUGUGAUACCUGCAAGAGAAGAAAGAUUCGCUGCACUGGGAAGCAGCCAUGUGCACAUUGUAUCAAGAACAACAAAACGUGCGAGUUUAAGGCUGCUUAUACCCGCGGAGCCGUGCCAGAAGUCCAAUCGGCUCCAUUGGAAGAGCAAGAAAAGUUCCUUGAGGAAGUUGGAUACAAGCGGAGACAAGUCUGGAGACCAUCGCCCGGCAGAAGGAAUCACAGUCACGUGCGUAGUAACGAACAGGAUGAUGCACGUUUAGACACAGAGGAAGAGGACUCGGAGUAUGACGGGGAGACCGCAUUCGGGUAUCCGUCAGUUCCUUCAAGCCGGCCAAUUCCUACUCGCCAGCAUCAAGACUCAACCUCAGGGACUUCCAACACCAGCACUCAACCUUCCCAUAUCACCCCUUGUCUAAGAGACAGAGUUGCGAACAACUCAUCUGCCACAUCUUUGUAUGAUCGGACCCAACACAAUAUCCACACGCGUGACUAUCACCACAGAAAUCCCGUCUAUGCCUACGGAGACCCCGCGCUUCCAGAUAUUGACGCCACCUUUCUCAUUAUCCCAUCCCAGAACACAGCACAUGCAAUUAUCAGGAAGUAUUUUGACUAUGUCUCCGCCACCAAUCGAAUUCUGCACUUCCCCACAGUGGAGAAAUGGACUGUCGAUCUACUGAACAAUAUUCGUGAUAUGCGGACAGGUGCAGAAGAGAACAGCCACCGUGCUGUUGUUCUGAUGCUGUUUGCUCUAACGUAUGAAUACAUGGGUGACGAGUACGGCGAGUGGGAUGCUAAUAGCAGCUUCUAUUACUUUCAGGCAGCAGAGAACCAGCUGGCAAAGGAAACAGGCGAGAUCCGACUUGCUACUCUCCAAGCUCGACUAUUACAAUGUCUCUACCUACUCUCGAGGUCGCGAAUUAAUCAAUGCUAUAGUAUCUUUGGUACUGUCGUUAACUUCAUAUACGCCAUCGGUAUCCACAGAGAACGAAGGCCUUCCAGUACAAGCGACUUGCUGGAGAUUGAAAUGCAGAAAAGAGUUUUCUGGGGAGCCUACGUUAUGGAUAAAUAUCUAAGCUCGUCCCUAGGCCGCCCACAAUUAAUUCAAGAUGAAGAUAUUGAUCAAGAGCUGCCUCUUCUGGUUGAGGAUGAGAACUUGUCUUCUGGCUUCCUACAAACAACGAGCAAGGAAGCUCAAGUUCCGAUGCGAGGCGCAAUCUACCAGAUAAAACUUUCCAAGAUAAUGAGUCAAAUCAUGCGUGAGCUUUAUAGUGUCCAAAGACACCCAUUGGAGGUUCGCUUUGCUGCGGCUAGCCAGUUGAACCUUGCUCUCCGCACGUGGCGUGGCGAAAUCGCUCACUUUCUCGAUCUCGACCCGUCCCUCCUGUCGCCGUUAUACAUGCGUCAAAACAUGGCACUGCGUCUCUCGUACUCGCAUGCCCUCAUCCUUCUCCAUAGACCAUUUCUACUUGAUACUUUCGAUAGCCAUCUGGACAUCUCUCUUCCAGUUCUUUUAGAAAAACUCGAAGAGAAUGUGAAUAAUUGUAUGAACGCCGCUCUGGACGUGGUCAAGACAAUUGACUCGUUACACAAAGUGGAGUCUUCGUUUAAUGCUUCUUGGUUCGCCCACUACUGUGCUUACACUGCAAUCGUAGCUCUCUACCUUCACGUCAUUAGACGUUACACCAGUUGUCCCUUCGAAAGUAUGACAAGCACCUCGGCCGAGACUAUCAACUCUCGUCACGCGCGCUGGAUGCUCCAAUUCGAAGCAGCAUCAAAAUGCCAAGAACAGAUCAAGAAUUCCUCGACUAUGGCAAAGGAGAGCUUUGCUCAGAAGUGCAGUGUUGUACUCGAAGAAGCUAGGGCUGAAGCUGUGCUUAAGAUCAGGCAGGCGAAGACAAGGCAAGGUAAAACUUGGGGUGAUACAGAAGAAAGUGAGUCUCGUUCAGAGAGGGAGAACAUGGAAGGCGUGUCUGAGGGAGUUGGCAAUGAAAGACCACAUGUUCAAAUGGAGGAAACAAGCUUUUUCGGUGGGGAGUGGAAUGAUAUGAAUUUUGCGCCUUUUGCGCGCUCAUCUUUCCGCCUAGCCUGA